ACGUGCCGUGCGCACACGCUGAAGAGCUUUAAGCAGCAUUCCAAUGUCGAACGAGCCCAAUGUGCCCUCUCCACGCGGGGCUCUCGGCCAAUGAAAAAGUGAGAAGGAGGAAAAAAAAAAGUGGGGGCACGUAGAGAGGAGGUGGGUGAGAUCUUUUCAGAGAGCGUGACACAGAGAGAGAGAGAGAAAGAGAGAGAGAGAGAGAGAGAGAGAGAGAGAGAGAGAUCCCUGAUACACAUCAACAAACAGGCGGUUGAUGGGACACACAAAAAGAGAGGAGGGAAAAAAAUGGUCACAUUUCUCAGGCACCUGAAAACGUGCUGGUUAUUUUAGGACGCGUGUUGCUUAUUGAUGAGUGGGGAGUGCUUAAACUACUUCCACUCCGCUAAUGGUGACACUACAUGGCAAGCAGCUGAAUGCUCUAGGACGUGUAAUUUAGAGAAGCUCUUCCAGUGAUAUCUCACCACAGCCCGGCAUCACGUCUCGUGCGUCUUCUCACCUUUGGGGGAAGUUAUCUGGAUCAAAUAGACAUCUGCUCUAAUAUCUUUUUUUUUCGCGAAUAUUUCUUUUUUCGAAAACUUUCUCUUCGCCGUUUUUUCUCUUUUUUUUGAUAAAAAAAAGGAAAAACCCAAUGCCCUUUGCACACUCGUGCUGGUCUGAGCUUUUGGAUACACUCUUUAUGCCUUGGCAGUUCAUGACUCUUUCACCUAUAUCAACGAAACUCCUCGGUGGCAAGCAAACGCAAUCAGUCCAGCACUAAACGCUCGCGAAUAAAACAGCAACGGAGCACCUGAACAACGUCGAUCUGCAAGGAAACAUGGAAAACAGUCCCGGUGGUGGUGUUAUCUUGUACGCUGGCUCAUGCGGCAGUGCCAGCCCGAGUCCUGGCAGCCCUUCAAGUGGAUACCAGACCCAGUCGCCCUCCUCCCACUCGCAGCCUUCAUCCCCAGAGGGUGUCUCCUUUCAGGAGAUCGGGGCCCUGAAGCAGAGAGGGGAACAAGGGGGAGGAACUACUCCCCCGCGGAUGGUCUUCCAGUUUCCUGAAGUAAACAAUGCCCCCGUUACCCAGAUAACGACGGUAUCAUCGGCGACCUACAACCAUCCCACAGUGGCCAAAAGACCCUGUGGUUUCACUGGAACGUUCACCAAGACCGGAGGUAUGGUGCUCCUGUGUAAGGUGUGCGGGGACAUCGCCUCUGGGUUCCACUACGGCGUGCACGCCUGCGAAGGCUGCAAGGGUUUCUUCAGACGCAGCAUUCAGCAGAAUAUCCAUUACAAGAUGUGCGUGAAGAAUGAGAAGUGUCUCAUCAUGCGCAUGAACCGAAACCGCUGCCAGCACUGCCGCUUCAAGAAGUGCCUUUCCGUGGGCAUGUCCAGAGAUGCUGUGCGUUUCGGGCGUAUCCCAAAACGGGAGAAGCAGAGACUCCUGGAUGAGAUGCAGAGCUACAUGAACAGCCUCAACGAAUCAGCUUCCAUGGAGAUGGAGGUGUCAUCUCCCCCCGACGCCCCCUGCAGCCCACAGAACCCGACGAACGAAGGGGUGGGCUCCCUAUCGCAGUCUUACCGCAGCAACUUGAUCAACGGCGAUGAGAAGCCGCUCAAGAUGGCUGCCAGGAAUCGGAACGGCAACAGCAAUAGCCGCUCUUCGUCUUUCCAGAGCAGUCCACCACAGGAGCCCUCGCACUCUGCCGCCCCGACUCAGCACACAGUUCAGGGGGAGCAGGCCAACCUGACAUCCAGCUACCACGUCCCCACAAACUGCCCCGUCAACAAUGAAAACACCGCUAAUAACACAAAUAACAUCGACAACGCCAAGUACAACUUCUCCUCCAAUCAGAAUCAGUGCCCCUUCAGUGGCAGCGCAUCAUCUCAUUCCUACCAGGCCAAUCAGAACGGCUACUCAGCCAGGGAUUCCCAGAACCAAAGCCCCUGCCCCUGGAAGCUAAAUGGAGGCGCCAAAGUGCUGGCGUGUCCUCUCAAUUCAUGUCCCGUGGCUCCGGCCAGUCGCUCCAGUCAGGAAGUGUGGGAAUCUUUCUCCCAGUGCUUCACCCCCGCUGUUAAAGAAGUGGUGGAGUUCGCAAAGAGCAUCCCGGGCUUCCAGACUCUCAGCCAGCAUGACCAGGUCAUGCUGCUCAAAUCCGGCACUUUCCAGGUUCUGAUGGUGAGGUUCUGCUCACUGUUUGACCCCAAGGAGAGGACGGUGACCUUCCUCAACGGGCAGACGUACUCGCUGGCAUCCCUGAGGGCCCUGGGCAUGGGCUCCUUACUGGACGCCAUGUUUGAAUUCAGCGAGAAGCUCGGGUCUUUGGGUCUGGAGCCGGAUGAGAUGGCGCUUUUCAUGGCUGUUGUGCUUGUUUCAGCUGAUCGCUCUGGUAUAGUGGAGGUUGGAGCGGUGGAGCAGCUGCAGGAGAAUCUCAUAAAAGCUCUGCGCUCUCUCAUCACAAGUCGCCGCCCAGAUGACAGCACCCUCUUCCCAAAGCUGCUGCUACGUCUGCCGGACCUGCGCACCCUGAACAACCACCACUCUGACAAGCUUUUAGCUUUCCGCAUAGACCCUUGAGCUCGGCGAGCCGAAGCUGACCGAGGUAUCUGCUUUGGGGAUCCUCCCUGCGUCCCCGUGAAAGCCGGGCCUUCCACAUACAGCACACUGGCCUAUGCAUGAUGGACAGCUGUCGUGGGAGCCGUGCCAAGUCUGAUGCUGUGUGGAGAGUGAAGGGCGUGGGCACAGCAGGAGGUGGAGGCUCCUGAACACAAACUGAUUCCUCCUCCACUCAUUUCCAGGCCCACUUGAAAAAAAAAACAAAAAGCAAAACAAACAAACAAAAAAACUAUCACAACAUACAGACUGUGUUCUUCCUUCGGUUCUUUGAGUCAACAUCAGACCAUCGAGUCGUCACCUCUCUCCCUCCCGGAGUGUGUCAGAGACAGGCUUCUGUCCUGAAGACCAAAAAGAAGAAAGACGAGACUUUGUCCUCCAAUCCCAGCUCAAAAAGCUAAACAAGAGGGAAGCACAGACACAUGUACAAACAUUCACCAACAAUUGUUUCUUACCGUGCAUUCAUGCUCCAUACAGAGUGUAAAAGGGCACUUUCCAAGACCUUUUGAAAUCAAUGCAUAACAUAGCAAUAGAAAUGUCGGUCUGUGUACGCCCUGUUGAAAUUACAUAAGCUAUUUUCACAACAUGUCACCAUGUGGGAAGUCUUUAUGAAAAUCACCCAUUUGUGAUUGAGAAAUGUAUAACAUUUUUAAGAAAUGAGAGUCAUUUGCAUUGUAUUUGUAUGCGGUAAUCAGGGAGAAAUUAUUGGUCGUUUUUAGACCACGUCUGAUGGGUUCAAUGUCGAGGUUCGUUCCUGUAAAUUUUGUACAUAAACCUUGUUAGUUUGCAGAUUCUUCAAUAUGUAAAUGAAGUUAGUAUUGAGAUGUUGUAUGAUGUCACCAAUAAUAGAUUGCUCUCCAGACAGCAGCAUUUGAACCACGCUCUGAGUAUAAACUUUUUAAUUUGAAGAUAUAUAAUUGAGGAUAUAUAAAUGUGUCGUUGACUGACUGCAUCACCAUGUGAAUAUUUUGUAAAUGUUUUAUGGUUACACCAUAGAGUACCAUUAUUAAAAAAAUAACGCUAUAUAGCAA